AUGGCCCAUGAAGGGAUGGAAUAUCAUCUGCAGGAACAGUCAGACCCUCACUCUGCAGAAGCACCACCUCCCACUGAAGUGGUCAGCAGCCAAGCUGGACCACCUGUGCCCCAGCCUGUGUCGCAGGUAUCCACUGACUUAACAGAGGAAGUGGUACCCUCAGGAGAAGAGCAAAUGGAGACCAUUGAUCCAGGCCCUUCCCAGGGAGAUCUGCUGGAAUCUAUUUCUAACCAUACCAUCAACACGGCUUCACUAGAGUCGAUGACCACCUUUAUCAGCGGGCUGCAGAGGCUUCAUGGCAUGCUGGAAUUCCUGAGACCGCCACCUGCAGACCACAAUGUGGGGCCAGAACAGUCAGACCCUCACUCUGCAGAAGCACCACCUCCCACUGAAGUGGUCAGCAGCCAAGCUGGACCACCUGUGCCCCAGCCUGUGUCGCAGGUAUCCACUGACUUAACAGAGGAAGUGGUACCCUCAGGAGAAGAGCAAAUGGAGACCAUUGAUCCAGGCCCUUCCCAGGGAGAUCUGCUGGAAUCUAUUUCUAACCAUACCAUCAACACGGCUUCACUAGAGUCGAUGACCACCUUUAUCAGCGGGCUGCAGAGGCUUCAUGGCAUGCUGGAAUUCCUGAGACCGCCACCUGCAGACCACAAUGUGGGGCCAGUGAGAAGAAGGAGAGGUUCUGCUCCUCGCAGGGCAAGAUCUGCAGGGUCUCAGAGGACAAAUGGUACCAGAUCAAGAACACCUUUGAGUGCUUUCUUUCAAGUGAGCAGGACCCAGCCUCACUUGCCAGCCGACUCGUAUCCAGAGACUAGGAAUCCUGCCUCUGAAGAGCUGGUGACGUCAAGUAAUUCUAGUUCCGACAGUGACAGUGCUGCAGAGGAUGAAGAGGUUGUUCAGGAAGAGAACCUGGGACCUAAUAUUUUGGAAGAACCACCAGGAAGAACCUCAGCAGAGCAAGAAGUCACAUGUGGUGAUGGAGGCAAGGACGUCCCUAAGCAGUCUCCCCAAAAGUCCAACCCUCCUCCCCCUUCCGAGACUACAGAUGAGGAAGAUGGAGACACUUGCACAAUAUGUUUGGAGCAGUGGACCAAUGCUGGGGACCACCGGCUCUCAGCCUUGCGUUGUGGACACCUCUUUGGGUAUAGAUGCAUUUCUAAGUGGCUGAAGGGACAGGCACGUAAAUGUCCCCAGUGCAACAAGAAAGCCAAGCACAGUGACAUCGUUGUCCUUUAUACCCGAACCCUGAAAGCUUUGGACACUACGGAACAUGAACACAUGAAAAAUUCCUUGCUGCAGGAGCAGAUGAUAAGGAAGCAGGCCGAGAUAGAAUCGGCACAGUGCCGCCUCCAGCUUCAGGUCCUCACUGAAGAAUGCAGUAAGCUUCAAGGUCGUGUCCAGGAACUGCAAAAACUUUUGCAGCACCCCGAGAGCUGCCAAACAAAUUUCCUAAGCUCCCUGCCCUCCAGCCAGGGCCAACACAAGUACCAUUUCCAUAAGACCUUCUCGGUGUCUCAGUCAGGGAACUGCCGCAUCAUGGCAUACUGUGAUUCUCUAAGCUGCCUGGUGAUGUCACAGCCUUCUCCUCAGGCCACAUUCCUGCCAGGCUUUGGUGUUAAGAUGUUGAGUACUGCCAACAUGAAGAGCAGUCAGUACAUUCCGAUGCAUGCCAAACAGAUUCGCGGAUUGGCUUUCAGCAGCCAAUCCAAAGGUUUACUGCUCUCCGCUUCCCUGGACAACACCCUUAAACUGACUAGCCUAGAGACCAAUACCGUGGUCCAGACCUACAAUGCUGGACGUCCUGUCUGGAGCUGCUGUUGGUGUCUUGAUGAAAACAAUUACAUUUAUGCUGGACUAGUCAACGGUUCAGUUCUUGUGUAUGAUCUGCGAAACACGAGCUGUCAUGUCCAGGAGCUAGUGCCUCAGAAAGCCAGGUGCCCGCUGGUGUCCUUGUCCUACAUACCCAGAGCUGCGUCCGCUGUAUUUCCUUAUGGUGGGGUUCUGGCUGGAACCUUGGAGAAUGCUUCUUUCUGGGAGCUAAAAAUGGGCUUUUCUCAUUGGCCUCAUGUCCUGCCCUUGGUGCCAGGGGGCUGCACAGAUUUUCAGAUGGAGACUACCACUCGACACUGUCUCGUGACCUACAGGCCUGAUAAAAAAUACCCCACCGUACGCACCGUGCUAAUGGAGAUGUCCUACAGCCUGAAUGACACUGGAGAGCCAGUCUGCUCAUGCCGUCCUGUACAAACAUUUUUCGGGGGACCAACUUGCAAACUACUUACCAAAAGUGCCAUUUUCCAAAAUCCAAACAAUGACGGCAGCCUCCUGGUGUGUUCUGGGGAUGAAUCAUCAAAUUCGGCCCUGCUGUGGGAUGCUAGCAGUGGCUCCUUGCUGCAGAAAUUGCAGAUGGACCAGCCCGUCUUGGAUGUCUGCCCAUUUGAGGUGAAUCAUCACAACUACUUGGCUACCUUAACGGAGAAGGUGGUUCACAUCCAUAGGUGGGAGUGA